AUGUCCCAAGAGCUCGCUCUGCGUGGCGAUUCAAGUGUACCCCAAGAAUUAAUUAAAUGCCGUUCUGCAAUUGAUGGUAGGUUGUUUGACCACAAUUAUGUGCUCUCUGCGAAGGGGCGCUGGAGAGAUAUCCACACGAAGUGAGGUUGGCGAUGGAAAAGUUUGAAAAGGCAGCCCUGCACAUGGUCAGUCUACCGAAACAGAACUUCACAACUUCCCCUGUCGGUAUUCGUGCUUGAUAUUCAUCUCUUCUUGCUCUACCGAAAGAUCUUCCGACAAAGAUUCCCGAAAAAUUCUUUAAAUUAAAAGAUGCAAGAACAAGAGCUCUGGAUUUUACAGAACAGUCUGUUAAUCGAUAUUGGAUCAUAUUAUAUUGGUAGAGAGUGGGUUAGCGAGGAAGACUACGUUACUGCCGGCAUCCUGUUUCCAUCUGCGUAAGUCACUUUACAGACUUACCUACUGCAUCUAGUAAGCCACUGUCGCGGGCUGAGGUAAAGCAGCUUCAGGUCGUCUUCGACACUCUGAUGAACGAUCUUGGUAAAUUUGGUUUAACUAGCCGGAAUGAAGCCCUAAGCCUGGACCAACUGUCUGACUACGCGAACAAUAUCAUGGGAUUGCAUGCCUCCACUGACAUCAUUUUUGAGGAAUUGCGCAGACAGGUAAAUGAAUCGCUUGUCGCAGAUUGCAUAUGUGUGCGUGCUCGCACUUUUCACCUAGGCUCUUGCCAGAUCUCAGAGAAAGUUUAAAGAUUUGACAAAAGUGAAGAACAUCUACCAGAACAUGUUGAAAACAUUGGCCAGUUGUGUGACAGAGUAGGUCGAAUUUGGCAUUCAUCUCGGCUCGCCUUUUCAGGUUUGGCUCUUGUUGGCAGACGGAAAGGGAGAAGACACGUUCAGUGGCUCUCCAGGUCCUGAAACGCCAAACACAACUGGAGUACGUUGUCAGGUAGGAGUCAGCUCGAGAUUUUUUUAUCCAGGACAGAGAGCUGACACAUUCUGAAAGCCUUAUAGCACAGAUUGCACGCGCAGCCGAGGAGAAGAGCAAAACGGUGGAUCAGUGAACUUUUAUCUGAACUUCUGAAUGUCUUCUUUUUCUAGCUAAAAGAGGAAGUUUUUGUAGACGAACUAGAGAACGAUCAUUUAGUUCGGUUGCACUCCCUCUAUCGCGCUCGCGAGGAAAGGGUCAACGCCGAGACCCAAGCCUCAACACGAAAACUGCAAAAGUAUUUUACGGGACUUCUUUCCAUGGCUGGGCGAGUAAGUUGUUAUUCGCUUUUUGACUAACCGGUGAAGCAGUCGAUCUUUCCAUCAGGUAAUGCAUGCUUUUCAUUGUGAUUGCAGCUCUCCUCCGAAAAUUGUGUAACUGCCGUGAAUAAAGUGCUCAACACACGACUAGCCUGGAGCUUCCGUUGGAAGGACCUUCAAUCUUUGAGCCAAUCGCUUACCAGUCUGCAUCUGGCGAAACUGGUAAUAGACACGGAAUCGAUUUUUACAACACUGGAAUUGAUUCAAGUUCAAAUGGAAAAAGUCGUGAACUACAUACUAAAUUCUGUUGUGACCUUGAGGAAUUUACAAAGAACCCAAAUGCGGUAGGUUGCCGCACUUACCUACUUGAAAUCUGUGCAACACAAAAGAGACGAUGAGUGGUCGUUUUUGGGAAUUUUGACAACAGAACGAAUCAUUCGGAACGGCCACUAAUAGAUCACACUUUCCAGCCCAUAUUAAAACCCAUAAGGUCACCCUGGGCAAUUUCUGGGCAAUAUGGACGCCGUAUGACGAGCAUGAAACACCGAAACCAGCCUUUAAAUGUUUCCAAGUGUAUUGGGAUAAGGAGACCAGAGGUAUAGCGGAGAAGAGCAGGCCAUUGUGCGGGUACCAGUUUGUGGUUUGUUAUGACUCAGAGUGUCGGCGCAUAUUUAAAAUGGUGGAAAUUCAAAGACGUGAACAUAUUCUUUGUUGCUCUGCCGCAGUCUGCCCUGAAGUUAUUACGCCACCUGUUUUUGACUGCAUUUUGGCCAAUUUUCGUUGGCCGGUCAGAUUUUUUGCAUGAGGGAUAAAAAGAAAACAUUAAUGUGGGCGAGGUUUUUUCACAAAAUAAUAAUAUGAAAUGAGGAUUAAACGAUGUAUAGUCCACAUUUACUUGGUCACCUAAUGUGCUGAUGUUCCGUCGUAUCUGGACUGGAAAUUCGACAUAAUCCAAGUGGUGCCUUUAGGUUGUAGUGGUCCUCAUCCUAAACGAACAGGGUGGCGAUACCUCAGUGAGUAGGAAUCGCGAGUUCAUUUGUCCUCAAAUUCGACGAAGUUUAGUCGUUUUUGCUUUCUAUGAAUGCUCAGAGGGGCGCAACUGCAGAUUUUGAGUGAGGCGAGAGUUCUGUUUGGCCUGCAGCGGGUCUAAGCAGUAGAUAAAUCGUACAACGCCCGAAGAAAUCGAAGCCAUGGUGGACAAUUACGUUGCGGUUCGUUAAAAUUAUUACUUCAGUUCAGUGUAUUUGAAGGAAAGUUGGUAUGUACUUUUGAAAUACCUAUUGGUCACGCACAGAGGAAGUAUAUGGAGAAAGUGGGAGGGAAGUAACAUGAAAGAAAUACAAGGGGAAUAUCAAGAACAGUACAGAUGAAUGCAGUAUUUCAUACGCUAAAAGUAUUUAAAGGCAUAUGAACUCGGCUUGUUGAUCAAAUACAUCAGGUAGUUGAAACACACCUAAGAUACAGGAAAAGUAGUAAAAAUGUCAGUCUGCAAGCAUCUUGGUGAAUGCGAGCAGCGGUGCGCGAUGUGGUUCAAAAGGCAAUAAAUUACAUAAAUAGACGUUACUUAAAUAUCGGUAGUAGCCUAGGCAUAUCACUAGAAUGCCAAUGUUGGCUAUCAAGAGGGCUGCAGUCCUAAAAGAAAAGAACCGGGAGUAGCAUGAAUUGUACACCUCAGGCGCAAGGAGCAGUAGUAUGCGGGGUUCUGCGUUAAGCAGUAGCCUACUCGGUAUCAGGUAGGAUUUGGCGCUGGAGUUUCCCCAGACUAAAAUCCACAGGACACCGAGGACUCCACUGUUAUUAGCCUAUCGGAGGCUUCGACGAAUACCGCAAUUGGCGAAAUGUCACAAAUCACGGCGGAUGUGGUAGGCCGAGGAUCACGUCGCUUACACACAUCACUGCCACAAGGUGGCCUUCUCCGAUCAAAAUAAAUUUUAGUUGGAUGGUGGGGACAGUUGGAAGUAUUGCACACAUGCCCUACGCAAAGACUUAUAUACCCACAAUCGACGAUCAUGGGGGUAACAGUGAAAUUGCCUUGGGGAGCUUUUGUUUCGCGCGCAAAAUUGAGAGGAUGUUUUUUACAUAAAAAUGAAAUGCUCAGUCAUACAUUCAAACACCCUCUGCCUAACAACUGACCUUUGUGAAUCAUUACAACGGCGGUCUUAUAGUGGUUGGGCAAGACAACUGUGGUAUGCAUAAGACCCAAAGAGCGAAACAGUGGCUGAAAAACCGCUGAAUUAUAGUAAUGGCCUAGUCAUCAACGAGCCCGAUAUUAACACCAUUGAGCAGCAUUUGCGACUGCUCUUUAGGCGCUCAAAUUGCAGCAGUUAAACUUGCCAGUCGAAUGAUCAACUGUAAGAAACUACUCAGUAAACACGAAAUGCUCUGAGUGAAUCAUGACUUGAAGGUUUUCUCGAUAUCCGGGAUAAACCUGCUUGUUCCAAAAGCCGGUAUCUUAACGUGGCUGAGAUAUCUUGGGAUUAUGCUGCACGAGAAUUAAUAUUGCAACUUCACCAAAGUAAUCCUUUCUAAACCAAAGCACAUUUCAGAAUUCCGAUUAACAUUUCAUGAGCUAGGCCAUAUACUGUAGGUUUCCUGCCUUUAUGUUAUCCUGUCAUGAGCAAAAUUAUGCUUAUAACCAAACUUUCACAAGUGUCGGACUUUACAAUGUCUUUCGUCAAAAGGGAUCAAAAUCUGCUUUUCAAAUUGGCAAGUUUUAAUAAUUAGGCUGCAUUCCACCCCUCACUCGUCUGAAAAGAAUUCGUAAAGCAGGCUGAACAUCAAGAGAAUAUACAAGUUUAAGGAAAUAAAUACCUUUUUAAAAUGAAACUUAUGGACUGCAAUAUGAAAAAGGCUGAAAUCCGACACUGCGCUUCUUCACUCACUUCUCAGAUUGAUUAAAAUUUCCCGUGUUAUGCUUUUCACUUACAGGGAAGACGCUAAUGAUGAAGCGACAGGCAGGAGCAGCGAGACAAAUGUGAAGGCUAUAAAGAUAGCCCUUGAGGUGAGAUCUUAAAUUUUAAUAUUUUUGUACAUGUAAUGCUGGGCAGGCGUUCUAAAAAUGAUAAUUUAAAUGACGAUUUCUCCGGGGAUAACUUUAUUCGGUUUACGGGUUCCCUUUCCAUAACUCAUUUUCCGGCGAACUGUUAAUGAACGAUAUUUCUAAUGUUUGAUAAUCUAGUAUGAAAGACUAAACUAGUCAGGUUUGCGUCGGUACGUAUACUCCGACGCAAAUACCCAACUUGCAGUCGAAUCUGUCUUCCCAUAUUUGACUUUGCUAAUUUUGCACGCGGCACGCAAAUCCAUCUGACUAUUGAUGUUGGAACUACCCAAAUGCACUUACACUGUGUACUCACUGAUCUUCUUCAACCCGUGGCCGCCAAGGAAUUGCGUUCUUGUCCGAUAGAAGUAUUUGACCGACUAGAGGUAUGUCUGGUCAAUAAGGAGAAGGGAGUCCAUAUCCUACUCGUUCAUUGUUUUCCGCAAAUACUUAUAGGGACGGAGUUUUCUACCUGAUCAUGGUAGAUUAUUUUACAUUCAAGGCACCAUAUUUCUAGACAUUAUUCCCUAGGCAAACGGCCUGCACUGCUUUUAGGGAGGAAGCACGUUGGAUGCUUAGAGUAGUCUUCAGCCUGUCAGUUAAAUAUCCUUGAAGAUUUCUCUGGGUUCGCCAGAUGGUUUAACUAGGUGCAUGCCUUUUCGUACGAUCGGAAUUGCAUUCUGGCGCUUUGAACUGCAUCGCAUUAUACACCAGUGUUAUAAGGAAACAUCUCGAUAAAGUGGCAUGCAAACUUUUGCUGGUAGGGUAAAAACUUUUACAUCGAACUGUCGGAUUUUGGUUGUAGCUCUGUUUAUGAGAGGUUAGACGGCAACUUUAGAGGGGCAGAACAAAUAAAAUAGAUGGAAACUGACCAGGAAGGUUUCCUUAAUUUUCGCCUCGUGUGCGAACCCGACGUCAAGGUUUGAAUGUUCAUCGGACGUCUCGAUUUCACUCUUUUUCAAAGACUAACAUGAUUCUAACAAUUUAUUCUACUUAGCACUUCAGGAAUUUUUAUGUUAAAUGAUUGGAGACUGGGAAUCCGACGUCAACCAUUGCUGUUUCAGCGGUACACUUGGAAGUAGACGACCCCACAGAGGGUGUCUUUGUUGUUUCAAGGAUGACAUUUUAGGUUUUAGGCCAAUUAUUAUCGAAUGCAAGUGGAGUAUUAGCGUAGCGAAAUCACCCUGGCCUAAUUUAUCCUGAUAUACAGGGUUAGAAUCAAUGAGAAGGCUGACAUCGCAUAGGUCAAAUAUUUCGUUUUACGCAACUGUAUUUUACAUUUUCGACUAAGUUAUAUUAAGCUCGUUGACAUCAGAGCCUUUGUGAGACUAUAAUAUAUUUCGUAUCUUUGUAGAAGACUUAAAAAACAAUUGGAGUCGGUGGAGCACGUAGUCACUGGGUAACCAGCAGCACAUUGCGAUAGUUAGUUGAACUCUUUCCGAAGUUUGGUAUCAUUUUAAUAGGACAAUUUUCAGUCGUGAAUGUAUUUCAGCAUCCUGGCAACGUUGGCACGGUGGUUUUAUUUACCCCGAAAUCAGAAUUUUGUGGAUAAAUUCAUGUUCUGAUCCCGGUUAUCUCACUUUGUUCUUUGAAAUUCUGAUCAAAACUUCUAAAUUUGUUUUCGAUGAGGAAAAAUCAGCUAAACGGGGUUGCAAUAUUCAUAAGCGUGUUGUCUAAACUAUAGAUAUUUCGGUUGGGUCAGAAUUCUGGCUUCUGAGUACGCUUCUCUACAGUUGCCUGACAAACCCGCACGGUAAAUGAUUAAAUAAGUAGUAAGGGUGCUUUCGUCGGUUUUCGAUGUCAAAUAAGAUUCAGAUAUUGUUAAAAAAUCACAUGCACAAAAAUAUUCCUUCUUGCACAUUUUGGUAACAAAUUACAUCCUCUUGAAAUUUUAUACUUGGAAAAAGAGUACCUUUAGGUACUUAAGAACCUUUUCAUUUCCCGUAUAAUUCUGAACUCAGCCUGCAGUUAAACUUGCGUUUAGGGCUUCCAGACUGCAUGCUGAUUAAUUUUAGCGUAAGGAAAAUCAUACUUUUUCAGCGCCAUCAAGAUGCCUUGUAAUGCCGAGGACAUUUUGCGAUAGGCGUUGACCAUGUUAGAAAAUUCAAAGGCAGCAUUGAUAAAUGGACAGAUACGAUGACAGCAGAGGGGAGACGACAGAGUCUGGGGGUAGAUUGAUACAGCACUGUUUCGGGCUUGUUUACCUUCAUUCAGCCAAUCAUAACCCUGACCACCAGCUGGUACCGGAAACACAAACAUGCGCACAGACGCACCUGGCGCAGCUGGUCCACCACUGGGGUCUACCAGAUGGGUCAUAAGCACUUCAUCGAACCGAAGUUCAUCAGUGCCUCGCCACCUGCCAUCCUCUGUCGCUGCAGAUCGGGUAUUUAUUCAGUCAGGAAUGGGCGCACACCGAUCCAUUGGCUUCCCGAAGCAGACAAGCUUCGUAUGGGCGAUAGGGGUCACGAACAGGCAACCACCUACCAGGCCGAAGUCGGCCAAGCUAUGAUAGCAGAGAUACGAUGAUGUACGAAUUGAAAUUUCACGGCCCUAAAACAUUUCAUAGACACAUUUUUUAAAAAAAUCGACAUAAAUCCUUUUCCCGAGCAAUAAAAUCUGGAGAAAUGGUUAAUUCCUGCCAAAUAAACGAAAAAGACAAUAUUAUUUUGUAUUUUUAAUGCAAAAUAUGUUUGCAUUUCUAAUUGCAUCGAAAAUCAAUGGGAAAGAUCAGUCCUAAUUAAGUGGUCACUUUUUGUUGAGUGCGGUUUUUUAGGCGGCCGGGAAGAAACUCACUCAAAAACUGACGUCCUGUCGUAGCUGAAAUAUCUUUGAAUUAGGCUGCACAAGGAGUGAUAUUACAACCCCACCUAAGUAGUUCUUUAGAGUCAAUAGUGCAUUUCAGAAUUUAGGUUACAAUUUCAUGAGAUACGUCAUCUGUUGUAUGUUGAGGGUAGCGAAGCCACUCUAGUUGGGUGGACUCCUGAGCAGCUAACGAGAACUUUCCAAGUGGAUUUUCAGUAACCAAAAAAUAAAAGUAAAGAACCGCUGACCUUUUUGAUAUCUAUCAAUCGAAAUCACCAACAGUCACUUGACUUCGAACUCACAGAGUAAAAUUUCGAUAUAUCUUUUUCUUGGUAAGAAAGACCUUGUCCGAACGAUAUGGAGAUUUUGAGAGGGAAAAAGUUUUUAUCCGAGAAAGAUCAGAAUCUCCGCAUAAAUAAAUCGAAAAAUGCUGUGUCGCCUUUAAAUAGAAACAAAUAUUUGUGUUACAUUUAAAGUCCACAGAAGCAACUCGUUUUGAAAGAGGUUAGGCAGUUGGGAAAGGUUUUAAUUUUGCAGUUCAGGGCCUCAGUAGGCGUGAAGCCGGACGAGGAUGGGAAUAAAAGGGAGUCUUCUUUAAGGAUGACAAGGCUUCGCUGAAAUCGCAUUAUGGUGGAAUUAUUAUCUUCCACCGGAGGCUGGGGGAGGGGGGGAGCAGGCGGCUGGCACGGCUGGACCCGCACCUAGACGUACCACCACACCCCCUGGUCCAUAAUAAACACUUGCUCAGGAUUUUAACCAACAGGAAAAUAAACGGGCCAGAGAGAGAGGAGAGGAUGAAAAAAAGUCACUGGGCAACCAUGCACACGGCCUGUAUACCCAGCGGGAGCGCAAGCGCGUCUACCAGCAGGGAUCAAGAUGCCAAAGAACUGCCAGUGCAGACCAGGCUGCGAGGGCCAUGGUUUGCCGAACCACAAUAGCAGACUAUAUAGCAGACGCACACAAUCCUUAAAGAUAUACGUAUGUGGGUAAAUAUGCAUAUGCAUAAAUGGGCCACAAUGGGUCAUAACGGGGAUAAAAACGGCAAAGGGGAAGCUAAAGGAAGGAAUAAGCAAUGAGAAAAAAACAUUCUUACUCAAAUAAUUUGUAUCUGUUAACUUGCAACUCGACAUGCCGGACACGUGGAGAUGAGUUGGGGCCCAACACUGGGAGACUGAAAUGAUAAUAUCGCAUUUAGAGAGAUUUCAAAUGAGACCACAUUAGGGAAACGAAACAUGCUGGUAACACAUCAUUUUGGAUUCUACUCAUUAACACCGAAAUUAGAGAACGUGAAUUUGCAUCUACGUACAAACUUUUGACGAUGAAAACUCCCCCAAAAUCUUCUGUUUUUGUGUUCACCUAUGUAUUUGGCUGCAGUCUGUCUACUCCCUAGAGUUCUAACUCACUGAGCCUCAGUGUGUAGCACGAUUUUAUGCGACGAUCCAAAUGCAAUGCUACCUCUGUCUUCUCUUCACAGUGCGAACGACAGCUCUUGGUCUGCUUUAAGAUUGACACAAACCACGUCCUUCAGGCCAUCGGUUCCCCAUUGGAAGCAGUCUUCUCGACAUCCGCUGUGGACAGCAUUUACGCAAACACGUCCGUCACCCAGGCCUCCAUUUACCAGCAUCUGGAACAGAGCGGUCAACGAACAUUUGGAGCCGAACUGUUGCUGGAAGAAGUAAAACUAGUUACCUUGCAAUGUACGGCAGUUCUGAAAAGAAUAAACAGUCUGGUUGGCGUAGAUGUACAAGAUUUGACGGCGGAUGCUGGACUGGAGUUUACAUCGGAGCCGGUUUCAGACGAAGAACAACAGCUACACCGAGAACCAACUACGCUUGAGGCGUAUUCAUUGGUAGGGAAUGGGCAAACUUACUUCGAAUCCUGUAUUCGUUAUUCAUUUGCGAUGACCGCUCACCGACCUUCUACCAUAUAACUUUAUAGUAACGUUUUUGGUUAAGCAAAAGUCAUGACUUCGACAACCGGAUAAGUUAGAAGGGCCAUUCCGUCGUCAACCAGCCCUCUCUUAGGUUCGGGUCAGAUAAGCUCAAAAUUAAGUCAUAACCCAGUCAUUCCUGAAGCUGAAUACGUGGCUAUUUUGGUUAACGGUCCUUGCUGUUUUAGCUAGAGGCAUUGAUGACGACCUGGGAAGGGUAGAAGCAAAGAGGCGAGUUCCAGGCAGCAGUUCACAAGGAGGUGCGAUCAUUGGGACAAGGAGUUUAUUCGCCUGACGAUCAGUAUUCACUCUCGAAACCAUCAUCAAUGAUUAUAAACACGCAAGGGGCGCAGCAUUUACGGGACGCAGUUGUCAUGUAACCAUAUUCUUGUAUGAUUAGCACGAGUACUAGCUUAAAGUCCAGACACGUGCUUCGCCAAUAUUCUUCCACCGCAUGACACAACCGCGAAGGGUUCGGCCCAUCAGUGGGCCUCCCAGCGGCUCCGUGCGCCAUCGUGUGUCGACAUUCUGGUGCCCAGGCACCAUGAGGUGCCCGGACAACCGUGGAGGGGCGAGAUUGCUCCCGAUGACUGGGGCUCGGGCAUCUUUGUACCUAUCCUCAAGAAGGGAGAAAAGACGAGGUGUAAAACUACCACUGCAUAAGCUCCAUCGGCGUUGCUACAAAGAUCUUCACCGCUGUCCUUCUUAGGCGAUUCCAGGUUUUUCGGGACUCUAGAAUGAGGCCCAACCAAGCUGGACUCCGUACUGGACGUGGAUAUACGGACCAGGUAUUAACACUUAGGCGCACUCCCGAAUUCCACAAUCUCUACCAACGACCGUCGGCCGUCUGUUUUGUCGACUUUGCUGCCGCGUUCGAUUCCGUCCAUCGUGAAUCCCUGUGGAAGAUAAUGGCCCUAGAUAGUGUACCGCCACAAAUCACUGUCAUGAUCAAGCCCUAUUACCACUCCUCCACUGCACGAGUUCUGGCACAUAACAAUCUUUCCUAACCGUUCGGUAUUCGAUUUUGUGCUCGACAAGGCUAUAUCCUGCCGCCAAUUCUGUUCAAAUGCGCUAUUAAAUGGGUUCUCGGGAGGACCCUAUAAGAAGAUGACGGCGUUGAGCUUGCACCCAGACACCAGCUGACUGAUCUCAAAUAUGAUGAUGACAAUAUCGCCUUACUAGCUUCCACUUUUGAUGUUCUGCAGUCCAUGGUAUGAUGGGUGAACGAUGUCGCUAAAUCGGUCAGCUUAUCCACAAACACUGGGAAGACCGAAGUGACUUCAGGCUGCAUCCCUGACCAGAAGGCACCUCUCGGGAUUGAUGACGGUCGACUUACAAAAGUAGACUGUUUUAUAUAUCUCGGGGCGAGGUUGCAGUCGAAUGGACAGAUUAAGGACGACAUUGUCUCCCGAACUGAUGCUGCUCGCCGGCUUUUCUCAAGCCUUAGAAAAUGUCUAUAGAUCCGACGCGACUCCUCUAUCACGUGCACCGCGCAUAUGUCCGGCCAGUCCUUCUGUAUUGUUGUUACUGCUGGGCUGUACGCAUGGAAGCUAAGCGAAAACUGGAGGUAUUUGACUACCACUGCUUGAGGACCAUCCUCCGAGUGAAGUAAAUCGAAUUCGUCCCAAAUGAGGCAGUCCGCACCCGCUGCGACAACAUCGCACGGAUAACCCAGGCCAUACAGCAAAGACGACUGGGGUGGUUUUGGCAUGUUCCUCGUCGUCCACCUCAGGAGCUCAGUGUUACCGCCCUCGAUCCGCCACCGUUACCCCAUUGGAGGCGUCGAAGUGGAGAGGGUCAAUUCAAAACCGACUCGACACAGUUCGUCAAGACAUGGAGGAGGUUCAAGACCUUAGGUAUUCGGUCUCUGUCUUUUGUGAUGAGAAUGGGCUGAACUGUCCAGAUCUGCUGCCGCGGAUCGUCGCGCAUUAAGAGGUACGGUUCCGUACAUUAUCGAGGCCGGCUAGGCUAGACAUGAUCGCAGCAGUACCAAGUAGAUCUUGAUUGUAAAUUAUUCAGCGUUAAGCGGCUAUUUACGGACGCUCUAGAUAGGAGUUUCAGGAAACACUUGGCAGCCGUAUUCCGUCCUGUAAUCCGUAUAGAUCAGUCAGCCCCACUUUCCUGGGAUCGUGGCAGUGAAACAUCAAACUAUACCCAGAGAAGACACAGCGCAGGAUCGUUACGCGACAAAGUGACAGAGUGACAAAAAGGGCUAUUUAAAGAAUUUUUUACCUUCGACGCUUUUAUGAUCAAGUUUUACUUAUCUUUUCGUCUAUUCUUCAGUCACUCUUCCAGACAAUUGACUUCGUCAGUGAGUCUGUGCACCGCAAGAAACAACUCUGUGAGGAUUUCCAGGAAUUUGUGGAUCUUCUGGGCGAAACGGUGCCUGGAAAUUCAACGGAUGACACAGAAUCUUCACAGAGGUCUCCUUUAUCUGGGAGUGAGACAGCAUCACGUACGGCUGCGUCCCCCGAGGAAAUCAGUAGUGCGCUGCAGGUGUUGGUGGAUAAGCUAAGGGAGGAGAGGAACAUGCGGUAAGGUCUUUGUUGAGAAUGGCUUCCGAAAUAUGUUUUGAUAUAUAAAAAAUGAAAAUAGCCACGGUCAGUUUCCUAGGAUUUUUUCCUAAAAUCAGAUAUAAAUUCGCUGAACGACCCGAAGGUCUCCAUUCACCUGCCCUUAUCAGAGGCCUGAUCGCCUGUCUCGUUGCAACUGUGCCGAUUUGGCAGUUGGCUUAAAUUGCAUACCUUGGAAACUACUUUGUCUGACACAAUUCACCAUGACAAAAUGAGGGUGAGAGUUUUGCGAGUGACAGAUCUAGCCGCUUAUUCAUUUAAUCGAGAAACUGUGUGGAUAUGGUGCUGCUAUUCAUAACGAGGGGACAUGGACGAAUUCUGUUUAUCAGCAGAAACUCACAAAGUAUGGUCUUUGGGGGUUUCCGAACUGCGUUCUUUUAUGAUUGAAAUGGCCCACGUUGAAGGUAGCAAGAGGCUAAUUAUUUUUGUCUUAUGAACUAACGUAGGUAUGAGCUAGUUGAGCUGUCUGCAUGUUGAGUUUGCCCAGAUGUAGAUGAACAAGUGAAAUUUGUCAAAGUACUCGUUGUUUGUCCGAACCAUGACAGCUACUUUUAGUAACGCACCCGUAAAACCCCUAUGUUCAUGACUUCGUCACAAUGGAUUUAACUGUUUUAUUAAACGGUGAAAUUAUAUUGCUCGUAAGAUCCAACUUAACGUGUUAUGCUUGUUUACCUUGGUCUAACUGCAAUUGACCUAAAUACAGUUCGGCCUGCGCUCCCGGUUAAAACCCUUAUAUUUGUUAUGUAGAAGAAGAUUAUUCAACUUACUAGAAAAAAUCAACUGACAUAACGACCAGAAAUGCGGUAGCAUUCCAGAUGUGCAAUAUUCGGUUGUUUUUUUGUUAUCUAGUAGUCACGGACGCAUACUAUGUCGCUUGUUGGUCUAAUUUCUGGACAUCUUUCGAGUUAUUGGAGCGUGGGCAAACGCAAGUGGACUUCGCUUAAACGGUACUUAUUAUCCUAUCACUAUCGCUUAGAUUGACAACAGAAUGUCUUGUUCCGGUGGAUUUGCAUGACUUGCCUGGCCCCAAGCAUUUACAGUAGGCGGGCUAACUCAUGAAAUAUCAACCGAAAUUCCGAGAUGCGUUUUAGCUUCGAAAAGAUUAAUUAAGCAGGGUUGUAAAGCCAAUCAUAAUGCAGCAUAAGUCUGUAAUAAUUCAGUCACCUCAGGAUGCCGGCUUUCGAUACGAACUUCUUUCCGACGGCAUGCAAAAAGCACACUCUGUAAAAAAAUAACUACUCAAAUAGCAUGCGUUUUUCUCAUUGACUUUCGAUACCCUUAACAAUUCACUUAUACUUCAUGGAAAACACGCAUACAAGUAUUCAUUCUUUUGUUCAUGCGGUAGAAAAUUACGUCUUUCUCCAAUUUUACACUUAAAGGAAUGGUAUAAUUCGGUUUUCAAAACAUUUUCCAUUGCCCGAAUAAUUUUGAAUCCGACCUGCCGUUGCACUUGCAUUCAGGGUCUCCAAACUACAAGCCGUAUAUUUUCUGCGUACGGAAAACCAUGCAUUUCUCUACGGUAUUAAGAAGAGACUAUAUGGAGUUCAUAAAAUUUAGCAGUGGAUUUGAGCUAUAUUGUUAACUUUACAAUCCAUAUUGGCAGACACACAGACUUCACGUUCUGUGAACGGCCAGUUCACGGUAUUAGAAAAUCUUGCAAUUAGAAACUUUUUAAAACCGAGCUACACCCUUCCUUCGAGUACAAAAUCGGAGGAAGACGUCAUUUUCUACCAAAUGAGCAAAAGAAUGAAUGUUUUUACGCAUGGUUUCCGUGAAAUAUAAUUGAAUUUUUAAGGGAAUCUAAAACCAAUGAGAAAAGGACAUGCUACUUAAGUAGUCAUUUUCUACAGAGUAUAGUUUUUGUAUGCAGCCGGAAGGAAGUUCGUUCGAAAGCUGACAUCCUGAGGUAAUUGAAUUAUUAUAGAAUUAUGCCGCACGAUGAUGAGUUUUACGAUCCGACUUAAUUAAUCUUUUCGAAACGAAAGCGCAUUUCGGAAUUGCGGUUGAAAUUUCAUGAGUUAGCCCACCUACUGUACUUCCGAAACUAACAAAUGUUAUUGAAAUACUGUGAAAAAGCGGCAUAUAUAUACGAAGCCUGGUUGUUUAUUUUACGAGGUAAGUCAUCCGUAGUCCCUGCUCAAUGAUGCUUUCGGAGAAACUUGCAAGUGCACUGAAAUCCACGAAAUCGGGCCACUCAGAGACUAUCGCUGUCUGUCUAAAGUGCAGGUAUGGUACCCUUUCCCUUUCGUACAAGCCGCAUCCGCUUAGUGAUAAUAUGCCGUUAAAUACCUGCCACAGGGUCUCGCGUGCAAUGCAGGAAAUGAUCUCCAUCCGGCAACUGCUCCAGAAACUCAGCAUCGAUCUGGCGAGUACUCGGCUUCAGCGUGCAAAGGUCUUCGUUCAAGUAGAUCAGGACUUGGUGAGCUGGGUCUUUGCUGUACUGCUGAAACUCUGCAAGGUCGACGAAUCUUCUGCAAUAAGACUAACUGAAGACAUCAAUAAGCUUCCCGAGAACCUCGAUGAGAAUACCUUGCAUCAAGUUAGGCCUGGUUGUUUUUAUGAGAAUAAUUCAACUGAAUGGAUGGCGUUUCAGCCCGCGGCAAACUUCAGAGAGGACAAGCAUACUGACCCUCUACCGAGACUGCGUUCACAUGCAGACGUUGUAAAUUGCUCAAAUCAGCUGAUUGAACGCGUCUCACAAUUGGACGGGGUGAUCGCAAGGUAAGCACAGGAUUCACGCUUUUGCUAAUGCGAGCAGACGUUGACGGGCUUCCUUAGUUUUUCCAGUUUACGUGAACUUUCGGUGAAUUCAACUCAUAAAAGGCAUAUCAUGUUUUCUCCCAACACUAACUGGACAGCGUUCACCAAAACCUCUCAGUCAUAUGCACUUGUAAAGUAUCAGUGGUGACUAUGGGAUUGCAGUCUCCUGCAACACGUUCAUAUUUAGGCUCACCAGUGUUUUCAAAGCUACCCCAGAAACGCCUUCUGCCCAAGUGAUUACGAACUAUACGGCUGUCUUUUGUUGACCAUCAGUGAACACUUGUGUGGCAACGGUACGAUAGAAAUUAUAUUUGUGUCUGGAACACUUAUUUUUUCUACAAAUGAGUUACGUUUUUUAGUGGAAUGCAUUUAUGACCUCAACCGGAAAGCAUGACUAUGAUCUUUCAAGUCACCACGUCUGUCAUAAGCCUUCUGACUGGCCAUAGUGGACAUCUAGGUAAAGAUUUUACCUUAAGUCUUCUAGAUGUGCACUUACUCACCGGGCUCUAUUUCUUACGCCCCGAAACGGCACCAUUUCUGGCUUAUUUUUGUCACUAGCUAGUCAUAGCCGAAUGCCAGUUUUCAUUAGCCUUUUCGAUAACAUAAUUUAACUAUUGGCCACUUACCUUACACGACCGCCUGCAGGGCCUCUCGACUGGAGCUCCGAACCAAAGCAAAAUCAUUCAUAUUUCAUGUGGUAGAAUAUGCCCAAAGCCAACCUACAGCUUUAGGCGCAACACUGAUGACAUGUGCGUGAAUCAGUUUAUAGUGAGGCAGCAGCGGAAAUUGGAUAUGUAAGCCCACUGAGAAAAUAGAGCUCAGAGACUCUCGUAAUAGGGGAGAUGAUGUCGGUAUUAGUUUUAUCAGUUGUGGCAAUUAACGGAAUCUGCAAAAGGCAUAGGAAAGACUGGCAUUUCUGCCAUGUGUUUGCUUUGUUACUUUAACGAGAUGCCGGAACAGACCUUAAAUCUAAUUUUGGCCCUAACCUCAAUUAUUUUCUUAAUUUUGGCCGAAAACGUAAUUCUAGUGUAACGCACCUAGCAAAAUCAAGUAAACGGGCAUGUUAUGGCAAUAAAUACUUGGACUUACAUACCUAAUCGUUGCCCUGAACCGAAUAAAUCAAUAGCCAAUGGGAAUCCCCUGUGGACGCUGAUGUCGGGGAAAGUAGGUGCCAGGGGAGCGUGACAAGCAGCAAACCAAGAAAAAACACAAAACUACAAUAAUAAGGCAAAAAGGAUAAAAUUAUCAAAUUUAUUGAAAAUAAGGAAAAACCUAAACAGCUUUACGGAAUGGAUUGCGAGUCAAGCUUCGGGUAUUGAAUCCUAGCAAAAAUGAUAACAUUUUAACGGAAAUAUCUAAAAAGUUUCGGCAUGCACAGAAGAGGUAUGAAAAUAUUCACCAGUAUUAAAUGGGCCCUAACCCUAACCUUACUGCUAAUCCUAAGGCUAACAUAACCCUAACCCUAACUUUAACCUCAGCCCUGAUCCAAAUACCUAACCCUAGCCCUAAAAAUAGCCAUAACUGAAAGUCUAAUCAUACGCCUAAAUCCGACUCCAAGCCUAACAUUCAAAGGCGGUCAAUGUUCCAAACCCUUAUUUAAAAUACCUUAACGUUAGCCCUAACCGUAAGUCUAACCGUAAAUCUAAUCAUAAACCUUCAUUGCAAACAUAAUCCUAACCCUAACCCUAGAUGUGGCACAAACUUAACCCUAAACCUAGUACAAACCCUUGCCCAAAACUCACUCCUGAGACGGACAAUAGAACAAACCCUAACCAUAACCCCAACAUUAACCCCACCGCCAAAUUGCUUUCUAGUCCUGAUACUAACUCACACCCCAAAUACGUCGAUUAAACCGACAAAAGCAAUCCUAACCUGACUGUGAACCUAAAGAAAAGCCUAAAGGCAACUCUUAUCCUAGGCCUAAGAAUAAACCUAACCCUAAUCAUAAAGCUAAAUAUAAACCUGAAGCCACCCCAGAAACCGAAGGGCAAGCCCUUAAUGUUACCCUAAGCCUAGCCGCAGUCCACGAAGGUCGGGACUAUAAAACUAAUUUUUAACCGCCUACUGAAAUCAUUCAUAGUACAAAACCCGGACAGCUUAGUAGAGCCCUAUCCUCAAUCAUAAUAAUUCUGCCCUCCUGAAAGAGUUAGAGGUGGACUUCAUCACUUUAAACUCUGGAGUCAGAUAAAUAGGUUAUGUAAACUGUCGUAGUGUCCUUCAUUUACGGUUACUAAGUCACUAAUCGAUUCCCCCUGCCACUGCGAUCCCAAUUCGAUGGAUGUCUGCAUACUUGAGGCAGAACUACCUUUGCUACUGCUACGAACUUCUUCCUCGUGAAUUCGUUUAGGCCAUUCAUCGAAUGAAGCCGAGCAUCAUAUCCACAAGAUCUCUGAGCUCGUUCAUCAAUUAUUUGCCAAGACUAUCAACUUUCAUUUCCCUUCAGGUACUCUGCUUGUUUCGUGGGGGAGAAGGAGCUCGCCGAUGCGAUUCAGCUCCUCCGGGACGGUGAGACGGACCUGGUUGAGUCAAUGGAACAACUUGUAUUUCUCACCGAACGGGAAGGGCGUAUUGCAGGGGAGGUAGCCUUAUUGUAUCACAAAGCUCUACUGAACCUGACCAACAAAUCUUAAUUUUAUAGGUACAGGAGGAAGAAUCCGAGACCCCGGAAACUGUGGACGAAGAGGAAAACGAGGAUGGCGAAUUGGCGCAUAUUCUCGCGUCUACUUCACUAGGUCCCCAGGACACUCCUUGUCAUGCUGUCAUCGAGUUUGCUCAGGAGCAAAUUAGGUGCCUCUUCCUGUCUGUCUCUUCCAUUGUCUGUUUCCGAAGAAACCAGCUUUAUUGACGCACUGUUCUAUUUCAGGCAGAAGAAGACCUCCCUGGAGAACUUACAAACGAAGAUUUCGACCACUCAGUUGAAUAUACAACAGGAAAGGCAACGACUGGAUGACGUCAAGAGUCAGCUCGAUAAUCGUCGUAGCAAACUGCGUGAAUUGACAGACAUCCUUCUUGGCAAGCAGUUGACUCUCUUUGAGCAGAGCGUCUCGAAUUGA